AUGGCCCCAUGGCCCGACAGUGAACAUCAUGUCGAUCAUAACGCAGGGAUACCUGACGCUGUCUUCGUUAAACUCAUGAUUGCCAUGUUUACCAGCACUUUCAUCUUCGUCUUCUUGGGGGGCUUCCUCAACCAUUGGCGCAACUACCGCAGUUUUUCAAGCGGGCUCAACGCGUCCAUAUUGAACUCACUCCCUGUAUUUGUUUACUCCAAAAGCAAAAGCAAAAUCAAUGCGAAUAAUGUUGUGGAAGAUUGUUGUGUCUGUUUGUCCGAGUUCGAAGAGAGUGACAAGUGUCUGGUUUUACCCAAUUGUAAACAUUGUUUUCAUAGUGCCUGUAUUCACAUGUGGCUUUCUAAUCAUUCAACCUGCCCGCUUUGCCGCUCACCUGUUGUUAUUGUUGAUCAAGUAACAACGCCUCAUCCUACUACUGCUUCAUCUAUCCAAACAACAACAACAUCGUCGUCGGAACCAGCUGUAGUUGAUGUUAGAAUAGACAUUGUGCCUGUUGUUAACGAGACGGAGCCAGAGAGUCAGAUCAAGAGUCAAGUUGAAGAAGCAGAAGAAGAAGAAGAAAUUAGUAUUAACAUGAGUCAGUCUCUUCUGGACGAAGAUGAGGAUUUCGUUGAUGUGCUGAAUCCGAGUACUAAAAAAGAGAUUGCAGCGUCCGGGGAUGCAAAUAUGCAAAACUUGAAGCGCGGAGACAUAUUGCAGCUGGAGUGUAAAGGUUACUUCAGAUGUGAUGUUCCUUUCGUUAGACCUUCGAAGCCUAUUGUACUCUAUUCUGUUCCAGAUGGCAGUAGGGGUAAGCAUGGUGCGGUUCGGUUAUUGCCUAAAAUCAAAACCAGAACCGCACACUUCGGUUAUCAAAAAAGUCAUAACCGUUCAGUUUCGGUUAAUGCGGUUUCGGUUAAUUGGUUAUUUGCGGUUAAUGCGGUUUCGGUUCGGUUAUAG